AUGGUCCUCUUGGACCAUCUGAGAGCCCAGUUUGAGCCGCUCAAGUCCGGUGAACUGAAAGCCCUCUCCUUAAAGAUGACCCUCCUGAUUGCACUCAACUCCAUCAAGAGGAUGGGGGACCUAAAAGCGUUCUUUGUCAGCAACUCUUGCCUGAUGUUCGGUCUGGCAGAAUCUCACUCUAAGCAGCGCUCUCCACUAUCGGAAUACCAGUUUAUACCAGUUUGUACUAAAAACGAGCUUGAGAAAUCCUUGAGCUUCAGGGACAACCUGUGUGGCUGGCUGACGGAGCGGCUGCUGCCGGCAUCACGCGGCUGGACUCUCCGCGACAUCCUGGAGGUGACCCUACUGUUGUGCGGCUCCCCGCUGACUGUGGGCCAUGCCUCUCCACCUACUGAGGAGACUCUUCAGCUGUCACGCCUGCCCCAGAGCCCACGCCUGCCCCGUGGGUCUCGCUCUCUCCUGGGGCUGCUUUCACCCAUCCAGCAUGGAUCCACUGUGGCUGACAUAGCAAAUGGAGCAGAAGAAAAUGCAGCACUAUGGGGAAAAACCAGCCAGUCUUCAGUUUACUAUACGCUUGAAUCAAAAUAUGCUGUUGAUGGUGAUCCCACAACCAGGUCAGAAACCAACACAGGGAGUGACCCAUGGUGGAGAGUGGAUCUACUGAAUGUAUACCGAGUGAACCGAGUGACCAUCACUAACAGAGAUAGCUACUAUUAUUACAGGAUAAAUGGUACAGUUCUUCGAGUUGGAAACUAUCUUGACUUGUACAGUAACACCAUAUGUGCUGAAAUUCCCACUAUUCCAUCUGGGGUCACGUCCACCUUCAAUUGUGGUGGAAUGGAGGGACGUUUUGUCUAUAUACAUAUUCCUGGAAAUAACCAGAUUCUUGCUCUCUGUGAAGUUGGAGUCUAUGGGUAUUUGUUAGGUAACUUGGCAAUAGGAGGAAAUGUUACACAGUCAUCAACAUAUUUGUCCUGGUUUGCUGGACAGGCCAUUGAUGGCAAUCGAGGUUUCAAUACACAGGCGAAUACAGCAUGCUCUUCUACCAACAAUGAGAGUAACCCAUGGUGGAGGGUGGAUCUGAAUUAUGCGUACAUAGUCAACACGGUGGUCAUCUCUAAUAUAACUUGCGGUCCAGAACGAAUAAUUGGAGCUGAGAUUCAUAUUGGAAACUCCUUGGAGAACAACGGCAACAACAACCCCAUAUGUGCUGUUAUUCCCGGUAUUCCAGCUGAUAAUUCCUCCAAAUACUCAUGUGGUGGAAUGCAGGGGCGUUAUGUGAAUCUGAUCAUUCCUGGAAAUAUGAAGAUGCUCACUCUGUGUGAGGUGGAGAUCUAUGGAGAAGGUCCUGUUUUUGAACGCUCUUUUGUAAGGAUGCGCUUCAGCUCCAAAGAUGAUUUGACUGACCCUGUAAUGAGAGACAAGAUUCUUAAACAGACUGGAAUUCCUCCGUGGAUUGUCAGGCUGAAACUCAGCAAAGACUGGAAGGCAAACCACAACACGAACUACACGGGCAAACAACACAGUGACAGGACAGGACCAGAUAAACAAAGAGAGCGAGGACUGCAGUUCCCCAUCAUUCGUGUGCACAGGCUGCUCCGCAAAGGAGACUACACAACGCAUGUUGGUGCCGGUGCUCCUGUUUAUCCAGGCUGUGCUGCUGCCCAAGAAGACGAACUAAAGUCUGAUUCAUAUAAACCCAAAGAGUCUUUUAAGAGUCACACUUGA